AUGGCGGUACCUCCCUGGCUUCUUCUCACCUUCACCUUCUUCCUCACCAUCACCACCACCCACUCUACCCCUUCCGACGACGUCGUUUUACUCCUCACCAAAAUCAAACCCUCACUCCAAGGCCCCACCCAAAACCGCAUCUUAUCCUCAUGGAACACCUCUGUUCCACUCUGCGAAUGGCAAGGCCUCAAAUGGGUUUUCACAAACGGAACCCAACUCAUCUGCACACCUAUUUCAUCCCGAAAUUGGUCAGACCUUUCUCUCUCUAAAAACCCAGCUCUCCACCUUCUCUCUCUUCAACUCCCGUCGGCGAAUCUCUCUGGCAACCUCCCGCCGGAGCUCGGAGACCUCUCAAAUCUCCAAAGUUUGUAUCUUUCUUUCAAUUCAAUCAUGGGUUCUAUUCCUCUUGAACUUGGGUACAGUUCUUCUCUUCAAGAUAUUGAUUUUAGUUACAAUUUGUUAAACGGGUCGGUUCCGGUAUCCGUUUGGAAUUUGUGUGAUAAUAAUAAACUGGUUUCUUUUAGGGUUCAUGACCUUUCUCUCUCUAAAAACCCAGCUCUCCAUCUUCUCUCUCUUCAACUCCCGUCGGCGAAUCUCUCCGGCAACCUCCCGCCGGAGCUCGGAGACCUCUCAAAUCUCCAAAGUUUGUAUCUUUCUUUCAAUUCAAUCAUGGGUUCUAUUCCUCUUGAACUUGGGUACAGUUCUUCUCUUCAAGAUAUUGAUUUUAGUUACAAUUUGUUAAACGGGUCGGUUCCGGUAUCCGUUUGGAAUUUGUGUGAUAAUAAUAAACUUGUUUCUUUUCGGGUUCAUGGUAAUUUGUUAUCCGGGUCUAUUCCUAAACCCGGGUUACCCAAUGCUAGUUGUGCUAAUUUAACUGUUCUUGAUUUUGGGCGUAAUCUUUUUACUGGGGUUAAAAGAGUUUGA